CUGCAUUAUAGGUGAAUUAAAAAUCAUUACGCUUACAUUUCUGAAAAUGUCGUAAGAAUACCUUUUUGGUGCAUAAAAAUAAGCUGUAGUUAAAUGUAUUUCAGUUGGCGGUACUAGAGAAUUGUCAUAUUAUAGUAGCCUACUUAUAUUAUUCGUAAGUAUUAUUUUAAUAUUAAGUAUACCAGCAUUAAACUCUCUAUUUGAUCUAUCACGGUCAGCUAUCAUCUAUUUGAGCGAAGAUCAAUCACAAUCAUAAAGACAGUGCGAUGGAUAUAAGCACAGCGAUAAGAAUUAGCUGGAUAAUCAUCUUGCUCGUCUCAUUGUAUGGUGGAUUGUCAUACGGAUAUAAGAUUCCCAGCACGUCUGUCGCCACAACACUACAUGACGAAAAUGUCCCGGAAAAUACUACUCUCGUCGAUACAGAGAGAACCAUGACCAUGACGGAAACGAGAGAACCCAGUAAUACUAAAGAAGACAAUGUGAAGAAAACUACACCCCACACUCCAAUUACACCGGGGGAAUUGGAUGACAUUAUUUUUGAAAAAAUGAAGGAAGUGGAAUCAGCAAGAAGAAAAUGCAUCUAUGGAGAGUUUUAUAGUUUCGCUCUUAAAACCUGCCAGCUAUGCAUAACAAAAUGCGAGAAUCAUACAAAUAUGGAUUUGUGUGGGAUAGAGUGUAAUGAAUACUUCCAAAAUGAAGACAGAAAAAGCGAAUCCGCUCAGAAUCUAUUGAUCGCAAGCUGCCUGGGUGGUGUUGCUUUUGCCCUAACCAUCACCCUGACUGUCAGUUGUUGUAUUUUGCUAAAAAGUGUUCACGAACUGAAUAAACGAAUAAAAACGAUUGAAGAUCGAAACCGUGGCGCACCUGAUGGAGAUAAGAAGCCAUUUCCAGUGGACUCAGAAAUGGAAAACGAAAACCAAGAAGGUGGACAAAUUGAUAUGACAGGAUCGAAUACUCCCCUCAUCCCGCCGUCACAAAGUUAACUUCUUCAAGGAUGGAACAUUCAGAACAUCACAAUUAUGCAAUAUCGCACGAAACAAAUAUUAGAACAUACAAAAAACAUAUGCAUCAAUUCGCAAAAUAUCGCCUGUUUUAAUCCACUUUAUGAUUGUUUUUUUUUUAUGGCAACAUGCACCCACUAUAUAUGCAGUUUUACGGCUACGUUCUGUUGGACUUGUACACAUAUUUUAUGUUAUAUAGUUGAGUAUUGAGUAUUUUGUCAAUAAGAGAACAUCUGGCCAAUCUAAUCAAGCAAUUAGUAAAUUAUCAACAAAAGCAGAUCGCAGCAACGUGAUGGGAUUGUUUGAGAUAUUAACAAAGUGGAUCUGAGUGCCGUUAAAGACAUUCUGAAAAAUAGGGUUUAAUCGACCAGUGUAUCGAAGGCAAUACAAAAGACAUCAAAAGAGAAGGAUCCUUUACUUACACAAAAGACUGUUCAUUUUCAGGAUCUGCUUUUAUAUGUUUUUUAUAAUCCAAUAAGUGAAUUGGUGUGCGCGAUAAAGACUUGGGCCCACGCACUCCGCCUCGCCAAGCCCGCAAUCCUGAUAUAUGAAUGAAUAUUAUAUUAGCAUCGCUUCAAACUGUUUUUGCUUUUGUCAGCUCUGAUAAUAUAUUGUUGUGUUAUUAUUGUAUUGGUUUUUAAAUCAUACUUUGGUACGAUCCUGAUAUAUAUCCUUAUAUCACAAAUCUUCUGAUUAGUUUAACUGGAUUCGGCGAAUGUCUUGAACCAAGUUGAAAAAAAAAAUUUUCCCAAUCAUCUGGCCUAAUGAAUACUGAACAAAAUCGAAAAAAACAUACCAGAAAAUUAGAUUUGUAAAUAUAUAAAGUCAGGGACAAUGACAACAUAUCACCACUUUUAAAUGUUUCAUUUAGAAUCAAAAGGCUAGAGGCAAGAUCGGACAUGGGCAAUGUACGGCCCGCAGGCCAAAUCUGGUUCACCUGAUUCUGCCACAACAAAACUGAAACCGAAGCUAAAAAUAACUCAAGAAAUUUGUUGAAAUUGCGGUUAAGAUUAGUUUUGGCACGAGGCUUAUUGUUUUCCACUGUUGCUUUUGUAACAAUGUAAAUAUUGAUAAUAAAAUGUAACUUUUUACGCCACACUUACAAAGCCCGCCAGUCCAGGUAGGCAACAUUUUUGGUUGGCCCCUGGUUCAAAAACCUUUCCCACCCCUGGGCGAGAUCAAUGUCAAUUUCAUAUUUUCUAUACAUUUAUAAUGCGCUUCUCUUUUAUUUUAUUGAUACUUUAGUCAAUAAAUGAUUGCUCUUGGCA